UGGAUAGCAACCUCAGCACCAGAACUGGGCUCCUAUUACAAUCUCCAGAGCCAGCACCUCUUCUUCUACCUCAUGGGCAUCUGCAUGUGAAUCCAGGUCCCCGGAGGUCUCGAAAGAAGAAUCUGAUACAGGUUGAUUGGUUUGUGCCUUGUUGUGUUCACUUCUCUGGAGUUGGCCAUGCAGCUUCACAUAUCGCCAAGCAUGAGACAUGUGACGGUGUUCCCAGGGAAGGGGGUGAGGGAUUUCAUUAAGGUCAAGGUCACGCCGAGGAAGCUUUCUUAUAGGAUGGUGUUCUAUUCACUGCUCUUUGUCACGUUAUUGCUCCGGUUUGUGUUCGUGUUGACGGCAAUAGACACAAUCGAGGGAGAGACCGAUUGCUCUUCUUUAGGAUGUGUAGGGAAAAAGCUAGGCCCAAGAAUAUGGGGAAGGAGGCUUGAAUCCACGAAGGUUCCUGAGGAAAUAUAUCGAAUACUUGAAGAAGGUGAAAUCGAAGAACCUGAGCCAGGAUCUGACAUUCCACAAACAUUAGAAGACUUCAUUGCAGAGAUGAAGAGCAACAGAUCAGAUGCCAAAACCUUUGCCUUAAGGCUCAAAUCUAUGAUAUCUCUUCUAGAACAAAGGACCAGGACGGCCAAGAUCCAGGAGUAUCUCUACCGCCACGUGGCAUCAGCCAGUAUCCCCAAGCAGCUCCAUUGUCUGGCCCUGAGGCUGGCCCAGGAGCACUCCACCAAUGCUGGGGCCCGGCUCCAGCUCCCAGUCCCGGAGCGGGUCCCGGCGCUCGUCGACCCGUCACUCUAUCACUUCGUCCUCGCCUCCGACAAUAUCCUCGCCGCCGCCGUCGUCGCUGCCUCCCUCGUCGCCAACUCCCUCGACCCAAGCUCGGUCGUGCUCCACGUGAUCACCGACCGCAAGACAUAUGCGCCCAUGCAGGCCUGGUUUUCGCUGCACCCCUUGGAACCGGCGGUCAUCGAGGUGAAGGGGCUGCACCAUUUCGAUUGGUUCGCGAGGGGGAGGGUCCCGGUGAUGGAGGCGAUGGAGAAGGACCGGGCGGCGCGGUCACAAUUCCGAGGAGGAUCAUCGGCGAUCGUCGCCAAUGUUGGCGAGAACCCUGUGGUGGUGGCGGCCAAGUUGCAGGCUCUGAGUCCGAAGUAUCAGUCAGUCAUGAAUCAUAUUCGCAUCCAUUUGCCUGAGUUGUUUCCAAGCCUUAAUAAGGUUGUGUUUCUUGAUGAUGAUGUCGUCAUCCAAGCCGAUCUUUCGCCCCUUUGGGACAUCGAUCUGCAAGGCAAAGUAAAUGGUGCGGUUGAGACAUGCAGAGGAGCUGAUAAAUUUGUGAUGUCAAAGAAAUUUAAGAACUACUUAAACUUCUCCCACCCUUUAAUUUCGGAUAGUUUUGACCCCAACGAGUGUGCUUGGGCAUAUGGCAUGAAUAUCUUCGACCUUGAUGCAUGGAGAAAGACAAACAUUAGUCAUACUUACCAUCACUGGCUUCAAAAGAACUUGAAAUCAGACUUAAGUUUAUGGCAGUUGGGGACUCUACCGCCUGGUUUAAUAGCAUUCCAUGGCCAUGUUCAUAUUAUUGAUCCCUAUUGGCACAUGUUGGGGCUUGGAUACCAAGAAAACACCACCAUAGCAGAUGCAGAAAAGGCAGCGGUCAUCCACUUCAAUGGCAGAGCUAAGCCUUGGUUGGACAUAGCAUUUCCUCAUCUCCGGCCUCUCUGGACAAAGUAUUUGAAUUUUUCAGACAAAUUCAUUAGAGGUUGUAAUAUCAGAGCUUAGUAAGAUGGAUUUGUGAGAGACAGGGAGUGACAAUCACUACAAUGACAACAAGGAAAUGACCACAAUGAAGAGCUACAAUUUGAAUACAAAUGAGAGAAAAUAUACCUGGAAGGCUUGAGGUCAUGGAGUGAGAUGAUGUUGAGAUUUGUAAAGAGUUGGAGCUCCUGGAUUUGUGAUGCUUCAACACUGAAGCAAACUUCUUACAUUCUUUUUUUUUUNUUUUUUUAAUUUGCCCUAGGCAAGUUUUAGUGUUUUCGGAUCACCCACAUCUGGUUCUGUACAUCGAUGGAUGCGAUCAUAUUUUUAAAACAAGAAUGAUCAAAAAAUUAAUAAAAUUAUGCUGUUAUCAUUUCAUUGAUG